GUUAGAAUCGACAAUAUGACACUGAGAAAUAAGAACUUGAGUGUUCAUACUUGAAAUGAAGAGGUUACUACUUUAAUAUUAUACUCCGUAACCAAAAUAAAGCUCCGAUAUCAACGGUGGUCGUCGGUCAAGACUAGGGAGACAAAAAGUGGUUCCUUAAUUAGCUAGCUUAUUCUCCAUCCGGAGCUACUAGGCAUUUCAUAUGUACAGACAGCGCGCAGGCCUAGUAGCUCUAUUCUAGCUUUUAUAGCAAUGGUCAAAGUCUAAGCUAUUUAAUUGGCUGACUAUCUACCUAUUACGGAGUAAUUAAUUAAUUAAUUUUCCUCGGCCCGGCGUUCAGCUAUGAGGAUUCCGCGUAAUCUCUUGCUGCUACUCAUGAUUGCUCUGCAUUUCCUCUUCUGCACUUAUACUGGUGAACAAAGAGUGAGAGCAUUCACUGGAGCAUAUGGGAUUAAUUACGGAAGGGUAGCAAAUAACAUCCCUUCGCCAGAUAAAGUGGCUAAACUGCUUAGAGCAGCAAAGAUCAAGAAUGUUAGAAUUUAUGAUGCCAACCACAGCGUGAUUAAAGCUUUUGGAGGGACUGGGCUUGAGUUAGUGGUGGGGCUUCCGAACAGCGAAGUGAAGGGCGUGAGCUCAAAUGCGGGUCGUGCACUGGAUUGGGUAAAAGACAAUGUGCAGGCAUUCAUUCCUCACACCGACAUCGUUGGGAUUGCUGUGGGUAAUGAAGUUCUUGGAGGGAGUGAUGAUGAUGAUGAUGAACUGUCUGCAGCCUUGUUACACGCUGUGAAAAACAUACACAAUGCCACCCAAAAGCUGGGGAUUAGUGACGCUAUUCAGAUAACAACUGCCCAUUCACAAGCUGUCUUUGCUAAUUCCUACCCCCCUUCCUCCUGCACUUUUAAAGAGAGUGUAGCUCACCUCAUGAAACCACUUCUACAAUUUUUCUCCGAGAUCAGGUCCCCCUUCUGCUUAAACGUGUAUCCCUUCUUGGCGUACACAUAUAACUCCGACAAGAUUAACAUCAACUAUGCCCUACUCGGUAUAAAUAGGGGUGUUUUUGACAAUAAAACUCAUCUUCAUUAUGACAAUCUACUCGAUGCUCAAAUUGAUGCGGCAUAUGCUGCUUUGGAAGAUGCCGGAUAUAGAGAAACAGAUGUUAUCGUUACAGAAACCGGUUGGGCUUCACACGGGGGGAUAAACGAACCUGCUGCUACAAAGGUUAAUGCUAGGACAUACAAUUACAAUCUGAGGAAAAGACUUGCAAAGAGGAAGGGAACUCCAUUGAGGCCCAACACAGUCCUCAAGGCGUAUAUAUUUGCCCUUUUCAAUGAAAAUUUAAAGCCAGGACCGUUUUCCGAGAAGAACUAUGGAUUGUUUAAAGCUGAUGGGAGGAUCUCUUAUGACAUUGGCUUUUCUGGACUCUCUAAUUUGGUGUCAAAGAAGAGAGAAUCAGAUGCUUAGAGGUUGUGAAUAGAUCCCUGGAGUCCAAUACGAUCACAGGAACAGUAAUACACGUUGAUGCGAGUGUUGACUUUAUGCCUCCAUGUCCAAUACGAACCUAAAAUGCUCUACAAUUAUUCUAGGCUUAGAUGUAAAGAGGAGCGUGCAUGACACUGGAAGCAGAGUAUGGGAUGCACAUAGUAAAGGAACAAGUAUCAACUAUCAAGUGCAAUAGUAAUAUUUUGGAAGAGGACCUCUACCUAUUAUUAUUACUAAUUAGUACUCCUUAAUAGUUUCUAUUGAUAUUCUGUUCUAGACUUCUAGUUAAUAUCUCUAUUAUCGCAUCAUUAGUAAGAAGUAGAUAUCUAGGGGGGUAGCUUCACUAAAUAGAUAAUCUGGAACAGGGUUGACAGGGUCCAUUGUUUACUGUAAUGUGCGCUGAAGUGUGUAAUAAGCAGAAAAGGUAAUGUUGGAGUUACUUUUCUAACUGUAUUGGCUGAAGUUACUGUAAAGAACUUGCGAUAAUCUGUAAAAUGACAAGGCAAGCCUUAUCGCAUCAUUAGUUAAUAUCUCUAUUAUAUUCAGGCACAAGGCGUUGACAAGGCAAGCCUCUAGGGCUUCUUUCAAGGAUGAGAUCCUCACCACGUGUAUAUUAAUGUUAGUAUCUUAUAGUACAAAUACGAAAGAAAUACAAGAAAGAAUAAAGAAUCUUGAAACUGAACUCUCAUGAGCCUCAAAAGAAACUCUGCAACAAGUAUAACUCCUUCCCCUUAGCCUUUGCUGAAUAAUACAAAGAAUAAACUAUCUGCCCUCCUCUUUAUCAGAAAAUUGAUAAGAAUAAUCUCACCUUUCACUGGUCUUCUCAUAAUAAUCUCACCUUUUCGUAAUCCCAGAAUAAUCUCACAUUUGCACUACAUCUUCUUUCAUUGGACCCUUUCUUUGAAAAUCUUAUAUGAACAAUCCCACCUUUGUAGGUCAUCAAUAGGUCAGGGUCCAAUAAAAGAAGAUGAGGUGCAAAGGUAGGAUUAUUCUUGGAUUACGUAAAGAUGAGAUUAUUAUGAGAAGACCAGUGAAAGGUGGGAUUAUUCUUGCCAAUUUUUCCCAGAAAGUAUUAUUUAUACCCUACAAUAAAUGUAUAAAAUAAGUAAUACUUCGUACUUAAUUUUUGUAAUAUGCCUUGCUGAUAUUAUUUAACGGCUUUUGUUAGCCUCUAUUAUCUUCUUAUUGAAAAGAGCAUCUCUAGAUUAGAGUUUAGAUAAGCCGACACUUCCUUGUAUUCAUUAAAUAAUAAGAGAUAGGACUAAAUAGAAACAACCAACAUUAACACCAAAUAUUUGCAUGUUUAUCUCUAACAGGCUGAAAAGAGAGGAGGACAAGCGCUUUGGGAAGACAUUUCUUAUAACAUGUUGUUGGGUUAAGGGCCCAAGCCGAGGGAAUCAUGCAUGCCUCAGGUGUCCUAUCAACCAACGUUGGCCAUAUGGGUGUUGCUUUGACUUUUUUUACCUUUAUAGUUAUGAACCUGUUUUGAUCAUGUAUUCAUGUUAUCCUAGCAUUUUGAAGUUAUAUAGAUGAUCCUUGAUGUUCAAUUUCGUAUCCAUGACAUUAGAGGUGUGUCUCUAUGUAUACAUAUACAAUGAUAUUUAAUCAUGGAAGUAUGUUAAAUUUGGUAUAUAUUUGCACUUAACUAUGAUAUUUAAAUCAUGAACUUUAGGAUACACAUACACAAGAAUGGAAAACAAAAAUUUACUCGAUCUUGUAU